AUGAUCAAGAAGCAGAUGCAGGGCGGCGACCCGGCGUACCGAACAAGUGCGGGACAGCACCUCCUCGCGGCCGCAGAGGCGAGCACGAUCACGGCGUUGAUGACGAAUCCAAUUUGGGUCGUGAAGACGCGAAUCUUUGCGACGCCAAAGAACGACCCGCAAGCGUACUCUGGGCUGUGGAACUCGCUCACGCGCAUCUACAAGACGGAGGGCAUCCGAGGCCUGUACCGCGGCAGUCUGCUCGCGCUCGUGGGCGUGUCGAACGGCUCGAUCCAAUUCGCGACGUACGAGGAGCUGAAGCGGCGGCGAGUCGAGGCUAAGCGGAAACGCUUCGCAGCCAUUGGGCGGCAGUGGCAGCCCGAGGACGAGAAGCUCACCAACACCGAGUACAUCCUCACGUCUGGCGGGUCCAAGUUUGUCGCUAUCGCGCUCACAUACCCCUACCAGGUCGUUAGGGCUCGUAUCCAGAACGCUGCGCCUAGCGAGGGGUUGACCAUCCCCAAGGUCAUCCGGAAUACGUACCAGCAGGAAGGGCUGAGGGCGUUCUAUAAGGGCCUCGGCACGAAUGCCAUCCGCAUCCUCCCCGGGACGUGUACCACGUUCGUGGUCUACGAGAAUCUCGUGUGGCUCUUCCGCAAGGCUGCGGUCGCCAAGCAGAAGCGCGAGAACGUCAAGGAGCACCUCGCGUAG